AUACAUUUGGAUUUUUUUUAAUGGGUUCAGGGUAUAAAAAAAACGCUUUGAGCUUAUUUUGGGUCAGCAAAAAAGUUUACAGAAAAGCGAAGAAAAGAUAUUGUGAAAGGAAAAGGCAUACAGUAAAACCUGAAAGAUUAGAACUUUUUAGAUAGGUUUUAGGAAUUAAAGCAACAAAUCUUAAAUAAAGCGAACAAAUUUUAAGAUGAUUCACAUAAAAUGCAAGAAACAAUCAGAAUAUUAAUGCCUAUAAGGACUUUCAUUAUAGCGAAGUCCGACUGUAACUUAGUGCAUUUAACAUUAACUUGUAUGCAAUUAUUUUGAUGUUAGACAACAAAAUUGUAAUGUUUAUGUCAAUUGUUUUUCGAAAUGUCAGACAUUAAAUAAAUAUUCAAGUCAAGUGCCGAAUAGUCCUUAAUGGGUCGAUUAUUGCGUAUACGCCGCGUAAUGCCAAAUGGAAAACGGUAAAUGCGCAAGCUAACUAUAAAAACCCGCCGAGUUUCAGGCGCUUAUCACAUAACAUAACAUGGAGGCGGAUCUCAAGCAGAUUAACUACGCCUACAUGUCAACGGCUCCUGCCCGGGCUGAGAUGACAGCUCAGCCAACGCCGGCGCCGGCGCCGGCUGCAGUGAUGGUGCUCAAUGCAAAUGCCGCACCGCCAUUGGGGCAUGAGCCGCAGCGCAUGACUUGCCCCAGUUGCCAAAAUGUGAUGCAAACGCGCCUGGCACCGCGUGCGAAUAAGAACACGCACCUGUUGGCCCUUAUACUCUGCCUAACCGGGCUGGUCUGCCUGGUGCCGCUCCCGUAUUGCCUCAAGAGCUGCCGCAGCUUGGAUCAUUAUUGCAGCUGCUGUAACCAGUACCUGGGCAAAGCCGUCAACUAAUUGCACCCAUUACCAUUAGGUUUUCAAUCGGCAGAAAUUAAAAUUAAAUUGCAAAACAUU